AUGAGUCCAGGCAGCAGAAAGAAUUUGAAGGACUUCAAGGCUAGACCAGCACAGUCCUCAGGUAGUCUGGCACAAGGAAGUAGUUCGUUUUCUACCGGUGCUAGGUGUGGUAGAACCCACCCGGGUAAGUGUCGGGAUGGCCAGAAAGGUUGUUUUAAGUGUGGGCAAGAGGGUCACUUCAUGAAGGAGUGUCCUAAGAAUAAGCAAAGUGGUGGAAAUUUGGGCAGUAGGACCCAAUCUUCAUCAGUUGCUCCCCCAGACAGGACGACACCCAGAGGAGCUAUUUCUAGUACCGGUGGAGGAGAGAAAUCUAUACAAAUUCUAAAACUUCAUACGGAGCUUGCAAUGAUGAAAAUGGAUGUUGAAAAUCUUAAUCCUAGAAAAUAUGGCUCGGAGGGAAUAGUGUCCGCUAGUGGUGAUGUUUAUAGUUACGGCAUCAUGUUGAUGGAGGUUUUGACCAAAAGAAGGCCAACAGAUGAAGAGAUAUGCAAUGAAAAUCUUGACUUGAGGAAAUGGAUAACACAAUCAUUUUCAGGGACUAUGAUGGACAUUGUGGAUGCCAAUCUUUUCUCUAAGGAAGAACAAAUCACUUACAAAAGUAAAAGUUGCAUAGCCUCCAUGAUGGAAUUGGCUUUAGAUUGCACAAAGGAAACACCAGAAUCAAGAAUAAUCAUGAAGGAUUCGCUGUUCGUACUACCUGUAGACAUGUACUAUUUGUACUUCAGAGUGUUGCAUUUCCCUCAUUUUGUGAUUUCAGAUUUGAGUAGUCUUUCAAAAAGGCAAAGGGUUGUGGCCUUGGCUCUUCCUAAUUUGCAUCUUCAAGGCACAAUUUCCCCGUCUUUGGCCAAUUUGUCCUUUCUCAGUGUGCUCAAUCUCGAGAACAACUUAUUCAAUGGUGGCAUCCCUUACGAACUUGGCCACUUACCUCGCUUGCGAGUGAUUGAUAUUCAAAAUAAUCAGCUCCAAGGAAGUAUUCCAUCAAGUCUAUUUCAACACCGGAGAGUUCAGGUAAUUUCAUUGGCCUUCAAUAAACUCAGUGGUGAAAUGUGGAAAGGGCCAUGGUAUGUACCCGAACUCAGGGUCUUGGAUCUCACCAACAAUAGCCUCACAGGUAUAAUCCCUCCUUGUGUUGGAAAUGCCACAAAAAUGAUGAUCUUCAGUUUGUCUGGGAAUAGAAUCAACGGUAACAUUCCAACAGAAAUUGGAAAUCUAAGCCAACUUGCAUUUUUGUUCUUGACUGAUAAUCAGUUAACAGGUUUCAUUCCUACAUCACUAUUUAAUAUCUCGUCGCUACUUUCCGUAUCUCUGGCAUUCAAUAGCCUUUCUGGUCCUCUCUUGCUAGAUGAAGGGAAUAUUGUGUCAAAUCUGAAGUUUUUAAGUUUAUCUAUGAACCAAAUUUCUGGUUGCGUUCCUUCCAACAUAUGCCAACUCACAGAGCUCAAAGUUUUGUCCAUAUCUUACAACAAGAUAACUGGAGACAUACCAAGAAAUAUUGGUUGUUUAUCCAAGCUCGAGAGGUUCUAUAUUGAAUAUAAUAGAAUAAAAGGGACUAUUCCUGCUUCAUUGGGAAAUAUUUCCACUCUGCAUAAUCUUUACUGUGGAAACAAUCGCAUAGUGGGGCAAAUUCCUCCGGAAUUAGGAAAGCUAUCAAAUUUGAGGCAAUUAAGCUUUGGGCAGAAUUAUAAUCUUAUUGGUCAAAUUCCAGAGGCUAUUUUCAAUAUAUCGUCUUUGGAAAUGAUUUAUUUCAAUUUGAACAACCUCUCGGGGAGAAUUCCAGCUACUACAGGAACUAUUCCUACUAAUUUGGGGAAUCUUCGUGAGCUGCGAGAACUGCUCCUACAUACUAAUCAACUUACCAAUGAACCAAGAGAGAAUGAGUUGCGAUUCUUCAAUUCUUUGGCUGACUGUAGGAUGUUGCAAUAUCUAGAAGUGGGUUUUAAUCUGUUGAAUGGCGUUCUGCCCAAUUCUAUUGGGAAUCUUUCAUCUACUAUUGAAAAAUUUCAUAUAGUAGAUGCACACAUCAACGGCCUCAUCCCCACAAGUAUAGGCAACCUGAGCGGUCUUACAGCUCUAAUCUUUCAAAAAAACAACUUGACUGGGGGUAUUCCUUCUGAUGUUGGUAAGCUUAAACAGCUCCAAGGGCUGUAUUUAACUAACAAUAAAUUGCAGGGACAUAUUCCAGAGGAGAAUGCUUAG